AUGGUAACUGAAAACUCAAACGAAGAUGACAAACACACUGACAGUGUCGAAAAUGACAUAGUUGAUAAUAAAGACAAAGAGGACGAUAAAGUUGAAGAUGAAUCAGAGAAGACAUUAGUUGAAAAAGAUUUAGAACCCACUGAAAUUAUCACGAUCGAUGACAAUAUAAAAACUACCGAAGAUUCCAUAAUAUCCAAUACGGAAGUUGCUGCAACUACUGAGCAGUUGUAUACCAACGGAGACGACGUUACUGGAGCUACUGUAGUAAAUGAAGUAACUGAAAAUCUGAAUAAAGUUGAAGGCGGAAUUGAUAAUGAAGAUAAAAUAGAACAAGAUGAAUUUGACGAUCUAGUAAAAGAAAAAGACGUCGAACAAACGGUAGUUCCUGCAACUUACACCACAGAAGAGGCCUCUGAAGAAUCGAAUAUAACUACGGAAGUUUCAAAGAUCACCGAAAAUAAUGUAGAGUUUACUGAUGUUACCGAAUCAAAAAGUGCCGUCGCAUCAGAAAAUCCUACGGAAUUAAGCGUUACGCUGACAACUGCAGACGACGAAAACACGACGCAAUUUGUAACGGAAAACAUAGAAGAUGAUUUCAAAAAUGCAACCACUGAUGUCGGUGACACUACUGAAGAUGAUUACCUUGAAAUUGAAUAUACAUACUUC